ACAGUUGACAGGCCACGAGAGGGCCAAAGCAGACCUCAAAGCUCGCAACAACUAGAGGAGGAGGUGCAGCAGUUGUCUCAGAUGGUCCUUGACAUGCAGGCAAGAAUGACAGACAUUGCCUCCAAUCUAAGACUGGAUUUCCAGGAGGAUGCAAGUAAAAUGUUUGUUACUCUUAUGAAUAAUCUGAAACAACCUGCCAGCGCUAGGGGUGCAGCAACAGAAAGCUUUCAAGUGCAGGACUUCUCUUUUGGUCAAGAGACGCCAUCAAUGGAUGAGGUCAUGAACAAGAUAAACCAGGUUGCAGAUGAUCUUGAGUCGAGGAGUAAUGUCUUGGAUGACUUAAUGAGUCGAGUAAAUCUCCAUGAUGGACAAAUAGGUCUGUUACUGGAGACGGGUCAGAAUCAGCCAUCCACGUCCCAACCUACAACGUCCAGCAGUGAUGCUAACCUGCAAGCCUUCUUGGAAAGUAAGAUCAGUGCUCUACGAGAAGAGUUGAUGGAAGGUAUAGAAAUCAAAAUGGCCGAUUUGAAGAACUCCUGUGACUAUAAAAUCCACUCAGUUCAGGAACAGUGUGAAGGACAGGAGGCCAACUACUUCAGCUUGAUCGAACUCAUGGACUCAAAGGAAUUAGACGUCCGCAGUGAGAUCUAGAACCUGAAAACAAAAGUGGAUGAACUACAGAAGGCAGGACCAGUAGAUUCUCACCUGGAAAACCUUGAAAACCAGCUGAACUAAUCUCAAAGCUAUUUGGAGAUGUGCCUCUCUGUGGAGAAAAAUCUUUGGCACAAACAAGAAGAAGCCAUUAACGACU